CCUGAGUGUCGUUGACGCGUUCUCAUCGUUGCUCGUGGUUCUGCAGGUUCUCCGAGGUCUGGUGUCCCACUUUCAACCAAACAAUCGUAUUGCCAUGACCAUGCUUGGGGAUUGGGAUGUAGCCAGCAACAUCCUCGGCUCCAUAUCUACCGCAUGCUGGAUCAUUGUAUACUCCCCACAGCUCAUAGAGAACUACCAACUGCAAAGCGGCGAGGGCCUAUCCCUCUUGUUUAUAUACAUAUGGGUGCUUGGCGAUUUGUGCAAUUUCGCGGGUGCGGUCAUCGGUCAGCUGGUCCCCACGGUGAUAAUUCUCGCUGUCUAUUACACAAUAUGCGACUCCACGCUACUGUUUCAGGUGUACUAUUAUAGGCGGAAGCGCAAGGCGCAGAGGACGGCUGCACUGAACGGUUGUCCAUCUGAACAGUCAUGUCUACUCGAAGAACGAACGUCUGCCUGCAGAGAACGUCGACGGGCACCACUUUCGCAGAUAUUCCUGCGGUAUACGGCCGCUGCUGUCAUUGUUGCCCUCGCGGGAUCGGGGACCUAUUUUAUAAGCAAAGUGAUUGAUCACGGAAGCUCCUCGUAUCCGUCCCUGGAAACUUCUGUUGAAUUGGAGACCCAGAUCCUUGGGUGGACCAGUGCCAUAUCUUACAUCGGCGCUCGAAUACCACAAAUCUACAAGAACGUCCAAACUAGAUGCGAGGGUCUAGCACCAGGUCUUUUUUAUUUCGCGAUCCUUGGAAAUAUCACGUACACCCUGUCCAUUUGCGUGGUGUCUAUGGACCGCGACUACCUGAUAAGGAACGCAAGCUGGCUCGCCGGGAGUACCGUGACAGUGGUGUGCGAUGUGUUUGUACUGGGCCAGUUCUUCUAUUACGGCUAUGUGUCUCGGCUGAUGGUGGAUGAAUGAGGACGAGAUGAAUGGGAUUGUUUACUGGUAGACUUGCAUGUGUAUGUAUCGGCUCCGCGUGUUGCGGAUUCCCGCAGUGGGUGCUGUGGAUGUGAAAAGGCGAAAUGAGCCCGGGUGGGUGGAUGGGAACGUGUUACAUUAUCGGGUACUUUGCAGGUGGCAAUAGCUGCCUCGUUGCCAGCCCUCGUGUUUCAGAUGCCCUUUUGCCGUCCCACGUUGCAGCUCUUCAUCAAGCAAUUCAGGCCGGAUUGUCCC